CUUUGCAGUGGUUUCAUUCUGUCCAGUAAGGACAGCUGAAUGAGUCGACAUCAUCAGCUGUGUUAGAGACUGAAAUCUGCAUCAAUAAAUCCAGAAAAAGGCCACAAUAAACAAUGGGGGGACAAGCUCAAUCAAAACCUGAAUUGCCUGCCCCGGAAUUUGAAAAACCAUGGAGAACAUUUGAUUGGAGCCAAAAGGAAAAGCUGAAAGAAAAGCUAGAGAAGUUCUCUGUGAAUAAUCCAGAUGCAAGAAACGUCAGGAUUCUGCUAGCUGGACAAAUUGGAGCAGGAAAGUCCAGCUUCAUAAACUCGAUUAACAGCGCCUUUCAAGGAGAGAUUAUUAAUGAAGCGCUUGCUGGUUCAGCUGCUGGUGCGAGUUACAGUUUCACCAAAAAUCUCACCACGUAUGAAAUCAGAAAUGAACGUGGAGAAGUGUUGCCUUUUGUCUUCAGUGAUAUAAUGGGCUUAGAAGCUGAAACGUUGGCUGGGUUACAAGUAGAUGACAUCAUCAGCACCAUACUUGGCCAUGUAAUGGAGGACUAUAAAUUCAAAGAAGGCAAAGCAAUCACUUUUGAAGAUGAAUAUUACAAAGAAAACCCUUUGGCCUCUGACCAGACUUUCUGCCUGGUUUACAUCAUAGCUGCAGGAUCAGUCAAUUUCAUAGAACGACGACUUUUUGAGAAGUUGAAGAUUGUUCGUGAGAGAAUCAGUGAAAAGGGGAUUCCUCAAGUGAUUGUCAUGACCAAAGUUGAUGAAGCAUGUCCACUGGUGAAGGAUGAUCUGAAGAAGAUCUACACUAGCAAGAAGAUUAAAAACCAGAUGGAGACAUGCAGUAUGGAAGUGGGUGUACCGAUGAGCAACAUAUUCCCAGUGAAGAACUACCAUGAGGAGAUUGACACAAAGGAUGAAAUUGAUGUUCUGAUUUUAAAGGCAGUUGAUCAGAUUGUACGUUCGGCUAAAGGAAAAGUGGCAAAGGGUGCUUUAAACUGAGGGGAAGUUGAUGCAUCGUAUUUACACUUUCUGGCUAUAUUUGCUGCAGUGCACAUUCAGUUUGCAUAUUCCACACUGAAAAUAUAAUUAGUUAAAUCUUUAAUACCUAAAAAAACAUCCUUAAGUGAAAUAGGAAUAGUAUGUAACAAAUGAUUGUUUAGUGUAGUUAGUUCAGUGUAGACAUUAUUAUUCAAAUAAAAUAAGUAUCAGCUACUGUGUAUCUGCAAAGUGACACACAUUUGGUUGGUUUUUGAUCAUUAAAAAUAGGUACAAUUUGCACUUGGAGUUCCCAGCUAACAGAAAAAAGUUCUAAGAACAUUCCUUGAAAGCUCCCACAAAAAGUAUCCAGUUUUUUAUGUUUAGGAAGGUUCAUGGUUGUGUGAAUGUUAGAGGAAUGUUAUGAUGUUUUUAAUGUUUUGCAGUGUUUAAAAGACAUAUUUUUAUUUUAAGAAAUUUUUCAUGUAAAAAUAAUAGAAAAACAUUAUAUUUUAUUAUUUUAAAACUGAUAUAAAACAUUACUUAUGAUGCAGGGUUCACACCAGAUGCGGUAGAGGUGGCAAGCGUGAGUGAUUUACGCGUUAAGUCAAUGCAAAGACGUGAAAAGGCAUCAUGUGGCGUGGAUGCCGUGUUCCACGUGAAUUGCAAACGCACAAGUUGAAAAAUCUGAACUUGGGCAAAUUUCUGCGCUGCGUUUACCCAAUCAGGACCUUGCUGUAGUAGUGACGUGAUUACAGGAAGAGAGCGGAGUCUCAGCGGAGUCGCAGAAGCCCAUCCCAUGAUGCAAAUUUUCGUGUGAAUGUCUCGAAUGACUAGAAUUUCACGCGCAGCUUUCAUGCGCAAAUGAAGAGAGUACACUCCAAAUGUUAAAGCGUCCAACUAUGGUGAAUAGUGUGUUUUUGCCACCUUUACCUCGGGUGGUGUGAACUUUCAGGGGGUGUUCUUAAAAUGUAUGCCGCCAUGGUUUUUAAAAAUAAUGAUGCCGCCAUGGUUUUUUAACAACUUGAUCUCAUGGAAAGUCGUGUUAUAGUAAUGAAAAAUCUUUUUUAUUUAUUUGUGUCUAAGGCACGAAAUUUAGCUUUUUUCGUGCCUUGAGCACAAAUGUCUUUUUCGUGACACUUGCACAAAUCUCUAUAAACAGUUUUUCGUGUCCGUGGCACAACUUUUUUUCGUGUCAUUUUAUGUAUUGUUUUCUCUUUUUUCCCCUAUUUUUAAAUCACUGUCGCUUGGGGUUAGGGGUUAGAUUUGGGGUUUGGGUUAGGAUGUUCUUUUAUGUAUUGGUUUCUACAUGUUUUUUUUUUCCGCUUUUAAAACUAUUCUCACCUGGAGUUGGGGUUUGGGUUAUGAUGUCUAAAACUGUAACAGUAAGGUCUUGCUUAUUUGUGUUUUUCUACCUUGUCCAUACUAUAUCUUUUUUUCUUCACUUGUUUUAUCGUUCCUGUCACAUUCACAUUUCUC